CAUCUGGUCAACCCUGCAAAUAGUUCCCUCAGCACCACGGAGGGUUAAACUCCCUCCUCUGCCUUACUGUUUAACUGCUGACGUAGCCGCAGCGGCUCGGUUUACAGGCUCCAAAGGCUCUUUCAAAACUUCCGGCUGCUUUGCAACUUUGCUUUUACACAGCUUACAACAAAAGGAGAGAGCAGUCGUGCACAUGUAGCAUUUCUCACAGACUGCAAAAUUAUGAGCAUUGUUGCUAAAUAACUGCAAGGCAACCUCCUGCCUCUGUCUCUGUGAAGUCCGGCGAUGGUUCGCCGUGUGGCAGUAGUCGGUGCAGGCAGUUCGGGUCUGGCCUGUGUCAAAGUCUGCUUGGAGGAGGGCUUGGACCCUGUCUGCUUUGAAAGUAGUGAUGACAUUGGUGGCCUGUGGAAAUUUAAGGAGUCUCCAGAACCAGAUCGAUCCAGCAUCUACCGCUCUCUGGUGGUGAAUACCUCCAAAGAGAUGAUGUGCUUCAGCGAUUUCCCCAUGCCUGACGACUAUCCCAACUACAUGCACAACUCCCAGCUGCUGCAGUACUUCAGGCUCUACGCUGAGCAUUUUCACCUGCUCCAACACAUUCGCUUUCAGACCACUGUGAGGAGCGUUACACAAAGGCCAGACUUCUCAGUGUCUGGUCAGUGGGACGUAGUGACCAUGAACAAAAAUAACGAGGAAGAAAGACACAUCUUUGAUGCGGUUCUGGUGUGUUCAGGACACUAUACCCAUCCGGUCUUACCCCUGUCUGAUUUUCUAGGACACGAAACAUUCCUCGGUAGGCUUCUUCACAGCAGGGAAUAUAGAGAUGCAGAUUCCUUCAGGGGUGAAAGGGUGGUGGUUGUUGGCUUUGGGAACUCCGGAGGGGAUGUUGCGGUAGAGAUUAGCAGAUCUGCAGAAAAGACGUUUCUCAGUGUCCGGGACGGGUUCUGGGUGAUGAGCAGAAUGGCCCAUAGGGGCCUGCCCGUGGAUAUGACAUUGAUCUCCAGGUUCAACAUCCUCCUGCUGCAGCUGCUCCCCAAGACUUUAAUCAACUGGGCAGGAGAGAGAGCACUGAACCAGAAAUAUGACCAUGAACUCUACGGUCUGAAGCCCAGACACAGACUUCUGGACAAAAGGCCUCUGGUCAAUGAUGAUCUUCCUGGUCGAAUUCUUCAGGGAGCCCUUGUCAUGAAGCCCAACAUACGAGCUUUCAAGGAUUCAGGAGUUACAUUCGAAGACGGGACAGUCGAAGACAACAUUGACGCUGUGGUCUUUUGUACAGGAUAUAAAGGAAUCUUCCCGUUCUUGCCCUCUGCUCUGUCUGAAGGGCCACACAGUGAGCUGACGCUAUACAAAAGAGUGUUUCCUCCGUCUCUUCAACAACCCACGCUGGCCGUCAUGGGUUUUUUCCAAGUAAGGGGACCAAUCAUGCCGAUUGUGGAGAUGCAGGUCCGCUGGGCUGUUAAGGUGUUUUCAGGUUUGACUUGUCUCCCAUCGACGCAGAAAAUGCUUGAAGUCAUUGAGACUGAAAGGAGGUUAAACAUGCCCAGCUUCCCUAACCCUCAACAAGCUGUUCUCCAAGUUGAUUUCAUCCAUUACUUGGAUUUCAUGGCCAAGGAGAUUGGUGUUAAACCACAUCUUUGGAGACUGCUCCUAACAGACCCAGUCCUCUGGGCAAAGAUCUUCUUUGGUCCCUGCACUCCAUACCAGUAUCGCCUCACUGGGCCUGGACAGUGGGCAGGAGCCAGACAAGCCAUCCUCACACAGUGGGAGCGGGUUGCUAAGCCUUUCAGAAGCAGAGCGCUACCAGAGCCAGAGGUCCGGAGGUCUUUCCCGUGUUCUCCCUGGCUAACGGCAUGUGCAGGAACUAUGGUCAUGGCUUUGCUUUUGUCACAUAAGAUUGUCCCGUUAGUCCAACGUGCCACCCAGAUGCUGAGCAGGAGUAAGAGUUUUCUGGGUGAUUUGUGGUUCACUGACUAACCUCAAAGACUUGAAAUAAUCGUCACUUAGAAGAACUGAUGUAGAGUCGGCUGGAUCAAAGCGACUUCACAGGGAAUCAGAGGUGAUCUGGACAUGGGUUGUCUUGCUUUGUGUUUCUUUACUGAGAAUAUACAAAUAGAGUAUACUCAUCUUUUCGCCAGACUCGCUCUUCAUCGCCAGCAGUAAAACUCGUACAUUCUCAGCUCAGCUUACGUUUGCCUUUCUGCAAAUCCAGUUUAACCACUUACCUUUCUUGUCCACUGUGGACCCAGAGCAGUUUUCCCCUUGAUAGUCUUCUUUUCAGAAAUAAUUUUUUCACAUGCUGCCUGCUCCAGAGUCCAGUUGUGAAAACAUGACAGACACUCUUAAGUCUGUUAGAAUGAUCAAAAUCUUAAUCGACUAAUCCUCACUUUUGUUGGCAUCAUUUCAAGGAUUGGUCAGGACAAAAUAAGAGAGUCUUCAUCAGCGCAGACAGAACAACUGCAUAGUGUAGCAUGAGAUUAAUAUUACCUCAACAUUUAAAUUGUAUUUGCAUCAAUACUGUAACAAUGUUGCUAUCUGGGCUUUCCAUUUGUAAUGCUGCACAUUGUCUUGACGUGUCAAAGAAAUCAUUUACGGUCAUUCUCGGCUAGAAAAUUAUAUAUGCUACGAAGAGGCAA